UGCGACAUGUCAAUCAAUUUAUAUCAGAUGUUUGCAAAUUCGAUUGGUUUUCAAAAUUUUCCUAAAUAUGUUCAAGUUCCAUAAUUUUUUAUCCAAGCGGAAUGCAUCAAAUACAGCUUGGAUCGAUAAGCUACAAAAUGGACCUUCAUUUCAAGAUUUCUUAGCAGAAAACUCAAAUACUAGUCAAAAUAUUUUACCAUCUCAACCAUCUAGUUCUAGAUUAAGACUGCCAACAUGGGUUAAAACAAAUAUACCUACUGGUAAAAAAUUUUCAGAACUAAAACAAAGCUUACGAUCUUUAAAUUUACACACUGUUUGUGAAGAAGCAAAAUGUCCAAAUAUAGGAGAAUGCUGGGGAGGUGGGGAAGAUUCUAUAUCUACAUUUACUAUCAUGCUAUUAGGAGACACGUGUACAAGAGGUUGUCGGUUUUGCUCAGUAAAAACCUCAAAAAAUCCUAGUCCUCCUGAUCCCAAUGAACCAUUGAAUACAGCCUUAGCAAUACAGCAUUUAAAUGUUGAAUAUAUAGUCAUAACAUCAGUUGAUAGAGAUGAUUUAGCAGAUUUUGGAUCUAAUCAUAUUGCCAAUACAGUCAAACUUUUAAAAAUCAAAAAACCGUCUUUACUAAUAGAAUGUCUCCUACCCGAUUUUAAGGGAGAUGACAAUUGCAUAAAAACUGUCCUGGACUCUAACUUGGACGUUUUUGCUCACAAUAUGGAAACGGUAGAACCAUUACAAAAAUUUGUCAGAGACCCCAGAGCUAAUUACAAACAAUCUCUGUCUGUUUUAGAAAAAGCAAAAUCAUAUUCACCUCAUUCGGAUAUAAUCACCAAAACCUCUUUAAUGUUAGGUCUCGGUGAAAGAGACGAUGAAAUAUUAAAAACUUUGCAAGAUUUGAGACGAAUUAAUGUUGAUUGCCUAACCCUGGGACAAUAUAUGCAGCCUACUAAAAGACACCUAAAAGUAAAAGAAUAUGUUACGCCGGAAAAGUUUAAAUAUUGGGAAGAGGUUGGGCUGAAGAUGGGAUUUUUAUACGUUGCCAGCGGUCCACUCGUUAGAUCCUCUUACAAAGCCGGAGAGUUCUAUAUCAAAAACAUUUUAAAAAGCCGAAAAGCUGAUAUCAAGCUGCGAGAAUCGAAUGCUAGCUGAAAAUGAAUUUUGUUACUUGUAUAUUUUAUAUUUAUUUCCAUAAAGAAAAUUAGUAAUUUAUAUUUAUAAUCAUAAUAAAUAUUUUUAAUCUUAUUAUGCUAACGAAUUAUAUGUUUUAAAACAGAUCAUGCACGACUUUGUUCUUUUAACAGAAAAUUU